CAAAUUCCGCGAAAUUUACGACAAACGUGUAGUGCACCUUUAUUUUAAUUUAAAAUUAAAAAACAUGGAAGCAGUAUAUAAUGUUUAUAACAAUGUAUUUUAUGAACGUGCAGAUCCUCGAGUGAAAGACUGGUUGUUAAUGAGAUCGCCAUGGCCAGUGUUCUUCAUCAUAGUGACGUAUCUGACCCUCAUCAAAGUGGUUCUGCCGAGACACAUGAAGAACAGGAAGGCAUACGACCUGAAGACUAUCAUAAAGUGGUACAACAUUGUCCAGAUUGUGGCUAAUGCUGUCGUCACUUGGGGCAUAAUGACUUCAGGCUGGACAACCACCUACACAAUGGGCUGCGUCCUCCCUGACUACUCCACGAAGCCAGAACCAGUUAGGAUGCUCCGCUUUCUGUGGUGGACGACACUGUUAAAGCUAUUGGAGUUGUUCGAGACGAUGUUCUUCAUAUUGAGGAAGAAAGAGGCACAAGCCUCGUUCUUACAUGUCUACCAUCAUGUCAGCACGCUGAUCAUCAUUUGGGCUGGAGUGAAGUAUGUUGGAGGAGGCCUAACAUCAUUCCCGCCGAUGCUCAACAACGGUAUACACGUUAUAAUGUAUAGCUACUACUUGCUGUCUUCGGAAGGAAACCCUAGCACAAAAGCCAUGCUGGCAAAGUACAAGAAAUGGCUCACGAUCAUGCAAAUGAUACAAUUCACAAUAAUGCUGAUACACUCAUCGCAAGUGUUUUGGCCGAACUGCCCGGCUCCACUCGGUGUCACCCCUCUUUACUUCUCGACUGUGGUGACAGUCUACUACAUGUUCUAUGACUUCUACAAGAAGAACUAUAAAAGGAACGGGAAAAAUAAAAGUUGUCUAAAUGGUGCCAAGAAUAAAUAGACAAUUUUUAUGCUUUAGUUAAAGUUUAUUUAACACAUUUGCUUACUUCUGAUUAAGUAAUAAAAUAGAAGGAAAAUUUUGAAUAGGUAUCUCGUACCCAUAGAUGGAUUUAUGUCCAGUAUUUACCCAGUUACAUCCCAAAAAUUUGGGCGGAAACCCAAUUCAAUAGGAGGGAAAAUACUAGGCAAAACCCCGUCUCGUCUUGUACCUCCUUUAGUACAAUUUUUUGUUUUCUUCUAUUAAAUAAAUAUACUUAUUUAAAUGUAACAACUGUUUCAA